CAAGAAGGCAAACAACAAGAAUAGACGUACAGAUGACAAAGAUCAUCAAAACAACUUCGACCACUGAAAAUUAAACAAGUAGUUCUUUAACUUAUUAUUAUUAUUAAGAAAUAUCAAAGUUUUAGUUGGUUUCUCUACAAAGAGCGCGAAAACUGUGAACUGAACAUUAUUUAAAAGGCAGGAUCCAAAAAAUUCAUCAUAAACUAGAAUAAGUUGAAAAAUCUUUGAACUCGAACAAAAGCACUGUUUUGUUGUGACAUAUAUUACUUUGGAUAAUGAUGAAUCUAUUGGGACGCCCGGACAUUGAAGCUGGCGAAGUUUUUGUUAAUUUCAAUCAAAAUGAUACAUCAUUGGCGGUUGCAACACGAUCGGGUUAUAGUUUAUACAGUCUUAGUUCAGUAGAUCUAACAUUGGAUAAAAUAUACAGUUGCCAUACGGACGAGAUAUUCCUUAUUGAACGCCUUUUUGAAAGUUCUUUGGUUGCGGUUGUCUCUCAGCGGUCACCACGAAAGCUUAAAGUAUGCCAUUUUAAGAAACAGAGUGAAAUUUGUAAUUAUUCAUACUCGAAUACCAUAUUGGCUGUUAAACUAAAUCGGGAACGUCUAAUUGUAUGCCUGGAAGAAAGUUUAUAUAUUCACAAUAUCCAGGAUAUGAAAGUAGUCCAUACGAUACGUGAUACUCCAUGCAAUCCAAAUGGUCUCUGCGCACUUUCUUCCUCAUCAGAGCACUGUUAUUUGGCCUAUCCGGGAAGCGUCACCUCAGGAGAAGUUCAAAUUUUUGACGCAAUAAAUUUACAUGCCAAGACCAUGAUACCUGCUCACGAUUCACCAUUGGCUGCAUUGGCAUUUAGCCCGUCUGGAACUGAGAUCGCUACAGCUAGCGAGCGUGGUACCGUAAUACGCGUCUUUUCAUCUCUUGAUGGCAGCAAGCUGUUCGAAAUGCGUCGUGGUCUCAAGCGUUGCGUCGCUAUUGCAUCGCUCUCAUUUAGUACAUGCGCAAAAUAUUUAGUGUCGAGUUCAAACACGGAAACAGUACAUAUAUUUCGUUUGGAUCGGUCAGCUGCCGAACAGACUGACUCAAAACAAACAUCGGAUGAUUGGAUGGGUUACUCCUUUUUUAGAUAUCUCAGCAAAACUGUGACCAGCUAUCUGCCCACUCAAGUAACGGAUGUAUUCAGCCAGGGUCGAGCAUUUACAUCGGUAACAUUACCGGAGGCUGGUGUUCGGCGUAUGUGUGCAAUCACAACAAUACAAAAACAACUAAGACUUUUGGUGGCUUCACAAGACGGAUACUUAUAUGUCUACUCUAUACCCUCUAUUGAGGGCGGUGAAUGUCAGCUUAUUAAGAAGCAUGAUAUACGCCUAGACGAUUCUUAUGCAAUGGACAUUAAAGGUAAAUUUUUUGUUACAGUUGAUUCGCCACAACCGCUGGGAGGUGCAGGUGCUGGCACAGCUGUUACUGAAGUUAUAAGUGAAGAUGAGUCAUCUAAACAGAGUACAGCCAGUGGAGCCACUUAUGCUUCUGCAGUGAAAGGCGAUGAAAAGGUCGCACAGCCUUAUUCAUCAACAGGAACAAAAGUUCCUAUAAUGUCGGAGGGCGGUGUAUUACACAUAAAACAGGAGUUGGAUAUCAGCACCUCAUGUUGCAGUCCGAGCACUUCUACCACAGUGGGCGUUAAUCGCUCGAAUUCCUAUUCAAAUGGCACCAGCGGUAGUACAAGCAGUACUAGUAGCGCCAGUGCGAUCAGUGGUGGGGGCACAGGUGGCAAUACAUCAACCAGCGGCAACAAAUCUUCACCUUCAGUGUCUCCAGAACGUCAAUUGUGUAGUUCAACAACAGCACUAUCUGCUGAUUUGCACAGUGUCACCCUGACGGGAUGUGAAGCAAGUACACCAAUUGCCUUAAAAUCAAAUGAUUGUGGUGGUAACAAUACUAAUAGCAACAAUAGUGCUGGAUCAGCUAGUGGUGGCUCAAUACGCGACGAAUUACGUCGUCUUUGUUUGGUGUGCGGUGAUGUUGCAUCUGGAUUUCAUUACGGUGUGGCAAGUUGUGAGGCCUGUAAAGCAUUUUUUAAGCGCACCAUACAAGGAAAUAUUGAGUACACGUGCCCUGCUAAUAAUGAAUGCGAGAUUAAUAAGCGCCGACGAAAAGCCUGUCAGGCCUGCCGAUUCCAGAAAUGUUUGCUGAUGGGUAUGCUAAAGGAGGGCGUACGUUUGGAUCGUGUGCGUGGAGGUCGCCAAAAAUACCGACGGAAUCCUAUUUCGAAUUCAUACCAAACCAUGCAACUACUUUAUCAAUCCAACAGUACCUCUCUGGAAGAUAUCAAAAUUCUUGAGAUACUAAACGCGUAUGAGCCAGACACAUUAACGGUGCAACAGCAGCAACAACCGCAUACCACUACCGAAAGUAGUAGUAACACGGGCACCGGCAAAGCCACUCAGAAUACUUCUGUUAAGUUGGAACAAAAUAAUUGUAGCAGUGGCGGUAGCAAUAGCAACAACAGCGAAAUAUUGUCUUCCAGUGCACAACCAGUAUGCAUUUUUCAAAAUAACAAUUGUGAUGCCGAAGAAAUUCUUGCUGUUCUCAGUGAUAUAUAUGAUAAGGAACUGGUAAGCGUGAUUGGCUGGGCCAAACAAUUACCGGGCUUCACUGAGCUGCCGCUGAAUGACCAAAUGAAAUUGCUGCAAGUUUCGUGGGCGGAAAUUUUAACAUUACAGUUAAGUUUUCGUUCGCUGCCAUUUAAUGGACGUCUGUGCUUUGCAGCAGACGUAUGGAUGGACGAAUUGUUAGCUAAGGAAUGUGGAUAUGCUGAAUUCUAUUAUCAUUGCGUACAAAUUGCUCAACGUUUGGAACGUUUAUCACCACGACGCGAAGAAUAUUAUCUGCUUAAAGCAUUGAUUCUGUCUAAUUGUGAUAUUUUGCUGGAUGACCAAAGUUCAUUACGAGCAUUUCGCGAAACAAUACUUAAUUCAUUAAAUGAUGUCGUAUGCUUAUUACGUUAUGGGUCUGCAGUGUCACACCAGCAACAGCUGCUUCUCCUGUUGCCAGCAUUACGACAAGCGGAUGGGAUUUUACGUCGAUUUUGGAGAGAUAUUUGUCAUGAGGGUAAAAUAACAGUAAAAAAAUUGUUUGUAGAAAUGCUGGAACCAGUGUCCAGGUGAGAAUGUCUUUGUACAAGAUGCAAGUUAUGAGUGUUCUUGUAUAUAAAUAUUUUCCCAGAAACAACACGUUUAUCAAAAAUUAUGGAUAUGGAAACGGAGUGUAGGUGUAGAAAGUUAACUGUUCAGUUGUUCUCCGUCAGUGGCGGUGUAGGGGUUUCUGUGGGGGGCUUUCAAGGGUUAUAGUAUCGAAUUUAUUUCUAGCAACAAAUAGAAAAACAAAAUACUGCAAAAAAUCGGAUCAUGCGAAAUAUAAUUCAGUUCACUAGGAAGAAAGUGGGUACUACAAUUGGCAUCACAGGGCUAAAGCAACUGUGCUAGAGUGUAAUAAAACCAAUGUACAAUAACAUUUAGAGAAAGUAAAGUUUUGGAAUUGUAACGUGUCAUAUAGUAGGUUAUUCCUAAAAAAAAAUUGCUUUUUUCUAAAAUAUCGUAUAUAUUACGAUAGCUUGAUUUUCGGGAAAUUGGAAAAUUUUGAUUUUUAGCUGUAUUAACAACAUAUGCAUAAUAUCUUGUGAUGAUAUAUACUAUAUGUACUUUUCAUAAGUUCGUUAAUGAAAAUGUUUUUAAAUGAUACUCAACUGAAAGCCUUGGAAAAAGAAUUGUAAAAUUAUGUAUCUAAAGAUGAAAUGCAAAGUUUUAUUCGCGUUUCGAUACGGCAAAUGGUAUAAGGAUAUAAUAUAAUAUAUUGCACAAUAAAUAAAAAUACCGGUAUUGGUAUACCUUACGAAAUACCUCCUUUAUAACAGUCAUAUAGAAAAAAGUAUAAUAAAAAGCAGAAUACAUAUAUUUGUAUUGUACAACAAUUAUACAUUUGUAUGUGAGUGAAUUUAAUAUGCAUACUUAUAUGAAUAACAAAUACUUCGUAGAUGAAUUUUUGUAAAUAAUAUAUAAAUUAGCUAGUCACUAAGGGCCAAGUAGCUUUUAAGUGGUAGUAAUAAAGUGUUAGAUAAUAUUUAAUGUGUAUCACAGUAAUUUUAGAAAAUAUAUACAUACUUAUACUUGACAUAUUAACGACCAACUGUUUGCAUAUUUCUGAAAAUAAAAUACAUAGUGAUUGA